AUGUUGCAAAAGAGAAAUCCCGGAACAAUUGUCGGUCUUGAGUUGGACAAAGAUGACAAAAGUUUCAAAUAUCUCUUCUUCGCAUUGGGUGCAGCGGUAAGAGGAUGGAAUUACAUGCGUAAAGUGGUUGCGAUUGAUGCAACAUUUCUCACAGGACAAUACAAGGGUACAUUGGUCGUUGCAACGGCACAAGACGAUGGACCUGAUGUUGUCGUGAUUUCUGAUCGACAUAGGAGUAUAAUAAAGGCCGUCAGCGAAGUGUCCAAAGAAGCAGGGCACGGAUUUUGUGCGAGACAUAUAGCGCAAAAUUUGAAAGUCAAGGUUAACAGAGGCAUGGGAAGGAAAAGUUCGAGAGGUGAGACCAUUGCCGAAUGGUUCUUCAAAUGCGCGGAAGCUUAUACGUUGAACGAAUUUGAAGACCUGUUUAAUGAUAUGAAGGACAGGUAUCCUAAAGUCGCGGAGUAUAUGCAGAAAGAAAAACUUGAUCUCGAGAAAUGGACAAGAUAUAGAGUGGAAACAGGAUGUGCCGAUGAUUCACAAAAAAUGACACCGCAUGUUGACAAAGUGCUCCAUGAGAGGUAUGAGACUGCAUGUACGUAUGAAUUCAUUGUGCUAAACACUGUUACAGAGGAGUUUGAAGUGAGGGGUGAAAAGGAUAGAAAACACUUUGUUAGCAUUGAAGAUAGAAAGUGCAAUUGUAGGGUGUUUGAUAUCGAUAAGAUCCCAUGCAACCAUGCAAUUGCAGCACUUCAUAAGGUUGGUAAAGCGAAUGUUAUACCAGACUUGUGUUCUCCAUAUUAUACGCGGGAGGCAUGGCGUCUUGCCUAUCAGGAAACCAUGUAUCCGGUCCCCAAUUGCUAUGAAUGGAUUAUCGAUGACCCGAAUGUUGUAAAUCUUGUAGUUAUGCCUCCUAUAAUGGAUGAGAAACGACAAUGUGGGAGGCCUAAACAAAAUCGGUAUCCUGGUCCUGGUGAAGCACGGAAGAGAAUCAAAUGUGUAGCGGGAACAUCAACAUCGGCAAUGUCAGAGAGAACAACUAUUUUGGAGUGA